GAGAUGGAAUAUCAAAACAACGUAACUGAAUUCAUUCUCCUGGGACUUUCCCAGAAUCCUGAGGUGCAGAAGGUGUUAUUUGUGUUUUUUUUCAUCAUCUACACGGUGACUAUGGUUGGGAACCUGCUCAUUGUGGUAACAGUAAUCACUAGCCAGAACCUACGCUCCCCCAUGUACUUCUUUCUUGCCUACUUGUCAUUGAUGGAUGCCUUUUACUCCUCUGCCACAGCCCCCAAGAUGAUCGUAGAUUUACUCUAUGAGAAGAAAACCAUCUCCUUCAAAGGCUGUAUGACCCAGCUCUUUGUGGAACACUUAUUUGGAGGUGCCGAGGUUUUUGUCCUGGUGGUCAUGGCCUAUGACCGCUACGUGGCCAUUUGUAAACCUCUGUAUUAUAUGAUCACCAUGAAUUGGUGGGCUUGUGGUCUGAUGAUGGGGUUGGCCUGGGUGGGAGGAUUUCUGCACUCAAUGGCACAACUUCUCUUAAUGUUCCAGUUGCCUUUCUGUGGCCCCAAUGUCAUCGACCACUUUAUAUGUGACACGUACCCCCUGUUGAAACUCGCCUGCACUGAUACCUACUUCAUUGGCCUAUCAGUGGCUGCCAAUGGCGGGGCCAUCUGUGUGAUCAUCUUUCUCUUGCUACUUCUCUCCUAUGCAGUUAUCCUGCGCUCCCUGAAAUCCCUGAGUUUGGAAAAGAGGCACAAAGCCCUCUCGACCUGCAGCUCCCACAUCACUGUGGUGGUCUUAUUCUUUGUUCCCUGCAUUUUCAUGUACGUGAGGCCUGUGUGCACCUUCCCCAUAGACAAAUCAGUGACUGUAUUCUUUACUGUUAUCACCCCCAUGCUGAAUCCCUUAAUCUACACUCUGAGAAAUGCCGAGGUAAAAAAUGCCGUGAAAAAGCUCUGGAGGAGGAAAUCCACUUUAAAUUGA